CGCUCUAUCCACUCAGCUAAAGGAGCUCCAAUAUGCUUUAUUAUUGACAUGACGAAAAACUAUAUAUACUCAAUACAAAAACACAGGAAAGUUAUAAGUUAUAAAUUAGCUAUGAAGAGAUGAAUCUAAGCAAAUGUAAACACACUGAGAAAAUAUCAAUAUAUACUCUUAUCACUAGGAAUUUAGGAUACGUAUGAGGUUUGACGCGAUCCCAAAAAUGUUAAAAGUGUUGUUCAUAUGCUGUUAACAACUAUGCAAAUGCACUAAUAACCAUCCAAGUCUAUAUGGUAGUAUGGUACCAAAGCAACAUAUUCACAAUACACUAUACAUACAGGGGUGAAGCUACCGCCAAUACAAUGGGUGCCUACGAAUCCACUAGUUUUCAUUCUUAAUUAUUAUGUUGUACGGUAAAUAUAAGAAAGGUAUUAGAAACUCUUGUUACUGCACCCACUGAUUCAGUUUAUAUAGCUUAUGCACCAAUCAAAUUUAUACCUAGCUUCGCCCAUGUAUACAUGCAUGAUACAUAUAUUAUCAAAUAUACGAAGAUUAAGUCAAACUCAAUACCUUAAAAACAACCUCAUUAAGUAAAAGGAAAAAAAAAACAUCAACAAGUACAGUCCGAACGACCAAACCAACAAUAUAAAGACAUUUCAUAUAAAUUGUACACAACGCUUUCUAAACAUUAAAUAUCCUUAUUUAGCAAAAAGCAUUGAAUUUGCAAGUACAUUAUCGAUCCCCAAAUAUCUUGUGACAGAGGAUACUAAGAUUUUAAGUACGGGAAAUAUAAAAAGAUUAUUCCAGAUUAAUUUCUCUUAUAAAUAAAAAUAUAUAUUCCCCAAAAUUAAGCUGGAUAUUUUCAGAUUGUCCAUCCAGCAAACCAUGAGCCAUAUCAUCACUUGCUUUGUAGAAGAACACACCGACAUUUACUUAAACUUACGCUGCUGGAUUUAGUGCACGAAACCAACGUCGAAGCAGCAAAAGAGGUUCUCCGACCCUUCUUCUUUUCUAUUUACUUUAAAAUAUGACACAAGAACAAGUUAAAUCCAAGAUCUGCCCUUGUACGUCGAGCCUCUGUUUUUUUGUACUUUAUAAUAAUGCGGUUUGUUGCAUAAUUUAAAAAUCGCAAGUAGACAAAAACGUUCUCAGAUUUUGUGAACUACAACUGCAAGAUACAACUUUGGUUCACUGUAUGGGAGACCAUCCAUAGGUGAGACACACGCUCAUCUAUACAUAACUCUAUACACAAGUAGACGUCAGAUAAGAUUAAAAUUAUAAAAGAGUAGAUACUUAGAUAUAAGUAUACUUUUUUCUAUAUCUAGUUAGUUAAUUAUGCUUUUUCUUUCCAGCAUAAAAAAAUAAAAAAAAAUAAAAUUAUGCUUUUUCUUUCCAGCUAUUUACGUUAUCACUUUUAAGAGUUAUAGACUUAUAGGAGGUCUUACUUAUGUCGAGAUAGGAAAAUAUUGUACUUGAUAAAUAAGUACAACAAGAAAUGUACGGUUCAUCAUAAACUCAUAGUACUUAUAUUCUUUUCUUUCUGCAUGAGUUUUCUUGGUUGUUGCCUGGUGGAGUGAGGAGAGGAUUAAACAGGGAAGUGUGUGUUUGUGUGUAAUUAAUGUUAACGUGUCGGAAACCGAGUUGCGUGGGGGCUCAUAUUAGUAAUUACUCUGUGCAAUACUGCAACUAGCCGAUACCAGCUAUCAUUUUCACAUGUACGGAUCUUUUUGAGAUGUGUAUUACUAAAAUAUUAAUUAGAUGUUAAUUACUCUGAGUUUAUUUUUUAUGAUCGUGGAGUUAGCCAUUUCUAGUCAAAUGCAUAGUUACUUUUUUAUGACGUCCAAAAAAAUGUGUAAACCAUCGCUUAAAAUUGAGGUAUAAAAGCAAAGUGAAAAAAACAUUGUUAAAAUCAAAAGUUCGUGUCAAAGUCAAACAUUGGUUUCAAAACCACAAUGAAAACAAUGUCAAACUUAUGUAGUCAAAUUCGAUGUAAACUCUAAAGUGAGCUAAAUACUUUUUGAAAACGAGUAACUAAGCAUUUGACUAGAAAUGGCUAACUCCACCAGAAAUAUAAUGUACUACCAAAAUAAACAGGAUAAAUAGAGUCGUUACAAAAAUAGAGUCGUUAAACAUAAUUUCAAAAAAUACAUUAAAAAUGACAUGAGAUAAGAUGACCAAUUUUAUAUAGACUACCGACUCAUUUUUUUACUAGUUUUCUACUCAUUUUUAUCGGCUAAAUUAUUUUAAAAAUGAUCUAUAGAUGUCAUUACUAAAAAUUAGUAGCCAUUUUCUGAGAAUUACUAUUUUUGUUCAGCUCUUUCUUUAAAACUAAACACUCACAUACUUAUUCUAAAGAUCACUGAUUUUUUUUUAACUCUAAACAAACAUAGUUUUGAAAAUAUUGUUAUUUACAAAUACUAACAUUUGUAAUUUAUACUGCAGUAUUAAUCUAUAAGAAUAUUCGUUAUAUGUUCUCAGCAAAUAAUUUUUGUGCAACCUUCGGAGACCUUUGAAAGCCAACAGAGUAUUUAUAUUUUAUCCACAUUUUUAUAAGAAGCAUAAAAUAACUGAGUUUGGCAUGAGAUUUUUUUUUUGAGAAUGCAUGUGCAUAAAAUUAAAACGUACAUGUGCUUAAAACAUCCCUUUGCGUUAAUCUAGGGUUUCAUCUUCCAACAAUUACAUAGAAAUAGUAUUGUUUUGGUGAUCAUAUAUGGCCCUUCUUAUGUAUCAAGAGACUAUUUGCAUUAACUUUUCCCCGCCGUUGAUCCUAAAAUGGGUUAUAAGUUACUAUUGAAGAUAACUAAAAUCAAUUAAGAAUCUAAUCUUAGAUCUUUAAACUCCAAGAGACAACACAUUCGUCCCUUUGUGUAUGUGACAUCAUACACGAUAAUAAGAUAUUAUUAAUCCCUAUCAUGUUGCACUAAAAAACAAGUUAUAUGAAUCUAAGAUGUUUCAUAUAAAUACACACCUUUUACCAAUACAGAGUGCAUCAAAUACAGUAACGUACCAAAUAAAGAUAAAGAGAGAAGAUAAAAAUGGAGUGUUCCAACAUGAAGCUACAUCAUCAGCAAGGUGGAUAUGCAGAGCCAAGAAUCUCAUUCUCCAGCGGUUUCGCAGCGACCAAGAACGAAAUAAUCAAGUACAAGGAGGCACCUGUGUCGUCAGAUGAUUUUGAGUUCGGUAUCAAGAACUGCUCCAUGACCACAGCAGAUGAAAUCUUUUGCGAUGGCAUGAUCCUACCUCUCAAGGAAGAAGUCAACACGACGAAGAGAAUGCCAACUUUGAGAGAAGAACUCAACGAAGAAGACGAUGAUUCACCUAGAACCAAAUCAAAAGGGUCGAGUGGUUGGUGGAGAGAGAGAUUAGGGUUAGGAUUCUCGAAGUCCAAGAAAGAUCACAAGAGAAGUUCUUUUUAGAAGCACCAUUAUAAGUUCUGAUUUAUUGCUUAUUUUUUCUUAUGUGUUAUCUAUGGUUUUUCACUUCUUCAGUACUGUUCCUCGACGAUGUAAAAAGAUUGUUUGCGGUUGGAGAAUUUCUUCUUUUGUAUUUCGAAUGCUCCAUUUUCCAUAAGCCUUUUCUUUUCGAACUUCUCAUCACCAAUUAAUCUUUAAAUUAGAAUUGACAAAAAUAUUCUAUCUUUAAGAUGCUACUAAUUUAAAUAUUCCGAGCAUUCCCAACACUUUAAAUGUUUUUCGUGUCAAUAAAUUAGGUGGAAACCGUACGUGUAAGUUGUAACCAGAAGUUCAAAUUUAUUUUACUUAUGUCAUUUUACAGCAUCCACGGUCCUUCUAACACUGAUAGAUUUAUGUUUAUAUUUUACAAAAUUUAUAUGGAAUUGAUUUUCAGAUAGAUUAACAUGAUGUAGCUAAGUCACAUGUGGCGAUCAUGUAUGUACCAUCCUAUUCUAUGUCUCUGCUGUAAUUAAGUAGCUCAUAGAACUUUCAACUUUGUUUAGAUGCAAGAAAGUAGGAAAUUUUAGUUUUAUCACCAAAAACAAAAGAGAAAUUAAUAUUUUCUUUUAGAAUUAGGUUAACUCAGUGAUUGUUCUUUUCUAUGUGUAUGAUUUUUGGUCUGGAUGCAGAAACUGGACUUACAGAGUUUCUAAAGGUCCCAAAACGUGAGCUAAAGAGUCAGCAGAUGAAGGUUCAUCGAGGUCAUUGUCACAUGUACAGAAUUGGGAAGAGGUUCGAACUACACUAAAAGGAACCAAUUUAGAAAACUUGUUGCGCCAAGAUGGUUAAGUUUUGUACAUACAAAGAACAAACUUUGUAGGAAAAUUUUGGUGACGCGUUUGACAAAAUUGAAAAAAAAAUACUUACAUUUAAUAAAACUAAGAAACUAAUAAAUUAAAUAUCACUCAUCUAUAGUACUAGGUUCUGAGACCCCGCGCAAGCGCGGGGCUGGUUAUUUUGGAUAUCGGUGGGGCGGUAUGAUUUACGGGAUGUUGGUGUUGUUUAAGAUUUGUGCAAAUUAAAGAAUAAAAUUUAUCGGAAAUAAGACAACAAAAUUUAUCCUAGCUUUUGACGAUUAACUCAAGUUAGAGACAUCUCCCAAAACGGAAGGCAAAUUCAAAAAGUAUAAUUAAGAUAAAAUAUAGAGAAUAUAAAAAAUGCCUAAACAUGAAACAAAGAGCGUGGAACAACGGAAAGGGAAAUAGAGAAGAUGAAGAAGCUUACGUCAGGUAUAUGAAAUUAAAAAGACAGAUAUUGUGACAGCGCAACACCAACUUAUUUGGGGGUCCAUAUCAAGUUAUCAACUCUGUAUAUACCCGUUGUUUGAAUAAAUACUCAAAGUUUCAAACUACUUGCAUUACAAAAUUAUUUUAUUUUUUCAAAAUACACAUUGUUUGCUAGUACUUGUUAGGGAGCUCAAGGACCGUAGUAGCAUAUAUUAAAGCUACACUAAUCUUCAUCGCUAAGAUCACACAUUGUCUACAUCCUCAACGUUAGGAUAUUCCAAGUAACACUUCUCCUCGUCUUCCUCGUCACGGGUUUCAUCUUCAUCUUGUAAACUCCAAGUAACCAUCUUCCAAAACGCAGCACUCCACUUCUCUUCCCUCUUCAGGCUUAGCGGUGGUCUGUGACAAAAUCCAGCCGUUGGAUUGAAACAGAGCUCUUAUAUUGGCUUUGUGGUUCAUAAGAGUUUCAAAAGUGGUGAAACUGGAAGCAUCGUGGCGAGUGGCUCCCCUUCUAAGGAGAUCUGCCCCCUGUGUGAAAUAGUUUAACAAAUCAUAAAGAUUAAAGUAGUUUAACAAAACAUAAACGAAGGUUGACGUUUUUUCAUUAUGAAAAAGUAAUUGUGGGUUUAAAAUGUUUGGGCUCAAAUUAUGUUGGGCUCUAUGUCUAAAACAUGAUUUGAACUUAAAAACUGGAAAAAAAAAACGUUAGGUUAUCUUUUUUUUUUUUCUCCUUCGUCGGGACAGCAUCACCUGUGGGAUCUCUGGUAUGAUUAGAGCUUAAGUUUGUGAGAUUGGGGAGCGAUAAUAGUGUAAUGCGUUAUUGAAGAGGAGUUUACUUACAUCAGUUAGGCUUCUUCCGAAUAAUUCCAUUGUCGUUGGUCCUCGGGUGCUUCGUUGUCGUCGGAAUCUGCAAAAGAAAAAGUUUUAAUUUGUUAAGUGAGAUGUCUUUUAUUUCUUUUAGAUUCGGUUGCUAAAAACAUAAUUCAUUCAGUUUUCCUGUUUUGUUUGGAGAUUGCAGGGAUGAAACCGUAGAUCACAGAAUCCUGUAAGAAAAACAGAGAAAAAUCAUUAGUUGCUCAUAAAAAAACCCAUAGACAAAACCAAAACAAAAAGAUAAAGACACGUUUCAUAUAUGAACAAAGAAUAAGCAAAGCAGAGUUAAAGUGAUAAAAAAAUAAGUUA